AUUCCAAGCGCUGCUCGAGGCGAGGCAGCAUAAUUCAUUCCAGGUUACGUGAUGACACAGGGUUAAGUUUAGUUUAAACGUUGCCACGUCCUCCAAAAUUCUCAUAUUGCCAGGACAUCGGAGAACGUUGCCAUUGGCGGCAUCAAAGGCUGACGUCACAUCGCACGCCUCUUCAGCAGACGCGCCUUCGCUUCCUGACUGCCGUACGCGCGUAUUGUGUGAAACACAUCCAGAAUGGCAUCGUCGAAGCCGCCGUGCGCUGCAUCUCUGGAUGACUUGUGUCGCCAACUUCAUGAAGUGUUCAAGGACGAUAAUGUGAAUAUUGAAUAUGUGCAUGACUUGAUGUUUUCAUACAAGAGUAACCCAAAAGACUGGCAGAAGUACGCAAAGUUUGAUCAGCACAGGUACACCCGUAACCUGGUGGACGAAGGCAACGGCAAAUUCAACCUCAUGAUUCUUUGCUGGUCCGAAGGUCAAGGCAGCAGCAUCCAUGAUCACUCAGACGCGCACUGCUUCAUGAAGAUGCUGCAGGGUGAACUCCACGAAAUCCGGUUUGCCUGGCCUAAACCUGGCGAUGAAGAGAAGCCCAUGGAAGUCACUGGAGAAAAUCCCUUGCCGCUCAACUGCGUGGCCUAUAUUAACGAUUCCAUGGGACUGCAUCGCGUGGAGAACCGUAGCCACUCUGAGCGCGCCGUAAGCUUGCACCUGUACUGUCCGCCCUUCCAGGCUUGCCAAAUGUUUGACCAACGUACAGGUCAUCGCUCUAAGAGCAAGGUUACCUUCUGGAGCAAGUAUGGAAAACGCACUCCUCUGAUUGCUCCAUCUGAACCAGUACAAUAUGAAAAUAACUGAGUGGACCACAAAGAUGAAGACUCUGGCAUAUGCAGAUGUACAUAUGCAGUCGAUGUGACCAAACGCACAGCUGCAGCGGUAUUCCAAGCACAUGACAUUCCUAACCAGGCCAGUAAACACCCGUGUACAAAAAUUAUUUUUUGCAGUAAAAAUCCUUCAGCAAAU